AUGUCCGAUUAUCAACGUCUUGGGCAUAUGCAGCCCGCGCCGACAGCUCAAAAUCAAUUCGAACAAUCUGUUUAUCUCCCACAUCACGAGGUUAUCCGGGAAAGUAGCUCUACCACGCGUCAUUGCGUUGUUUUCAACGCAUCGAGCGUUACUUCUAACGGCACAUCUUUAAAUGAUCAUUUAAACGCCGGGCCAAAAUUACAAACCGAUCUCAUGUUAGUUAUCCUACAAUGGCGCAGAUGUAAAUACGUCUAUUCAUCCGAUAUUGCGAAAAUGUAUCGCCAGAUUCACAUCGAUGCGCGUGAUAUUGACUAUCAACGGAUCUUGUGGAAAUCAUCGCUCUCGGAACCGCUCAUCGAUUAUCAAUUACUAACGGUUACGUAUGGAAUAUCAUGUGUUCCGUUUCUAGCCCUUCGGGUAUUAAAACAACUCGUCAUCGACAAAGAUCAGCACUUUCAGCUCGCAGUUCCUAUCCUGAGCGAUAAUAUUUAUGUCGACGAUUUACUUUUCGGAGCUGACGAUACCAUUCGAAUUCGGCAAGCGCGCCAUCAAUUAAACUCUAUGUUAAAGCGCGGCGGAUUCGUAUUACGAAAAUGGGCGAGCAACUCGCCCUCUCUUCUCGAGGAUAUCGAAAUCGCAGAUUACGGUCUAGCCACGAAAAAACCUCUGGCUGAAGACGAACAAAUCAAAAUCCUCGGAAUCGGGUGGAAUCCGGCAAACGAUAUUUUCGAGUUGCGCGUGUCGCUGGCUGAUAACGCCCCGGAAACCAAGCGUACGAUCUUGUCCGCGAUCGUAAAAUUCUACGAUCCGCUCUGGUGGGUCACUCCGGUCACGAUUACAGCAAAAAUCUUUAUGCAGCAACUCUGGCGAAUAAAAGUCGGUUGGGAUGACGCUAUCUCCGAGCCACACAUCGCAAAGUGGAAAGAAAUCUAUUCUCGGUUCUUACAUCUCAGUAAUUUGCGAAUAAUACGCUGGAUCGGUCGCGGAUCGGAUACAAGUCACGCCGAAAUCCACGGAUUUGCGGACGCAUCUACAAAUGCGUAUGCCGCAUGUGUUUAUAUCAAAAUCAUUUCGUCAUCAGGUCAAAUCACGACAACUUUGCUCGUCGGGAAAUCGAAGGUCGCGCCAUUAAAAUCUCUAAACAUACCACGACUCGAAUUAUCCGUAGCAUUAUUACUCGCACGAUUUGUCGAGUUCGUUCGCGGAUCGAACGGUUACAAGGAUAUUCCGUGUCAUUGCUGGACAGAUUCCACGAUCGUGCUCGCGUGGGUAAGUCAACCUCCUUCGCGAUGGAAGACUUUUGUCACAAAUCGCGUUAAUGACAUUCAGACUCGUCUUGCCGAAUUGCGGCAUGUGCCAAUGGAGGACAACCCCGCGGAUUGCGCUUCGCGCGGAAUAUUUGGCGAUGAAAUUAUCAAUCGCGAGCUAUGGUGGCAUGGUUCUCCAUGGCUGCUCUUCGAUUCCGAUAAAGGGCCGUGUAGCAAUGAGCGUCUUUCCAAGGAAGCGCCUCUCGAAGAAAAGGUUAGUUCGCUGCAAUGCUCUCAACCGCACUUAAAAAUCGAAGCGUGUCUUAAUUCAAGACCGAUAGCGCCCCUCUCCGAUAUGCUUGAGGACUACGAGUGUCUCACUCCCAGUCACUUUUUAAUUGGAUCCGCGCUUACUGUAAACCCGGAACCAUCCUUGCUUAAUAUUAACGAGAAUCGCAUGUCGAGAUGGCAACUCGUCCGACACGUUACUGAGCGGUUUUGGAAAUUAUGGAGUAACGACUAUGUCAAUACGUUACAACAACGAGCAAAAUGGCGAAAGGUGGAACCGCCGAUUGAUACCGGGCAGUUCGUCCUCCUGCGUAAUCCUAUGUUACCUCCCUGCAAGUGGGAACCAGUGUAG